AGAAAAAAAAUCAGAGCCGGAAGAAUAAAAAAAAAAGUUCAGGCAAAAAACGACGUAGUUCAGUGUCUAGAGUAGGAAAAGACUUUGGAAUUCCCGAGGAGGAGACAGAGACAUGCCCUUCUCCUCCUACAUCGGCAACACCCGCCGUGCUUCCGGCGGCGGCGGAGGUGGUUGGGGCCAAUCGCUUCUCCCGACUGCCUUAUCGAAGUCGAAAUUAGCGAUCAAUCGGAAACCUCGAAAACGCACGCUUCUUAUCAAUUUCUUCUUUGCCAACUUCUUCGUCAUCGCUCUCGUCAUCUCGCUCCUCUUCUUCUUCCUUACGCUCUUCCACUUCGGCGUGCCAGGACCGAUCUCCUCCCGGUUCCUUGGCUCCAGAUCCAACCGGAUCGUGAAGCCGCGAAAGAACAUUAACCGGCGACCUGUGAACGAUUCCGCAUCCGGCGCCGUCGUGGAUAUCACUACUAAGGAUCUGUACGAUAGGAUUGAGUUUCUGGAUGUAGACGGUGGUCCGUGGAAGCAGGGUUGGCAAGUGACGUACAAAGGCGAUGAGUGGGAGAAGGAGAAGCUGAAAAUCAUCGUAGUGCCUCACUCGCAUAACGAUCCUGGAUGGAAGCUGACGGUGGAAGAGUACUACCAAAGGCAGUCGAGGCAUAUUCUCGACACGAUCGUUGAGACUUUAUCCAAGGAUUCUAGAAGAAAGUUUAUAUGGGAAGAGAUGUCAUAUCUGGAGAGAUGGUGGAGAGACGCUUCACCCAAUAAACAAGAAGCUUUGAGUAACUUGAUCAAGAAUGGGCAGCUAGAAAUCGUUGGAGGUGGCUGGGUUAUGAAUGAUGAGGCUAAUUCACAUUACUUUGCUAUUAUUGAACAGAUCGCAGAAGGUAAUAUGUGGCUGAAUGACACAAUUGGGGUUAUUCCUAAGAAUUCUUGGGCCAUAGACCCAUUUGGCUACUCAUCAACCAUGGCUUACCUCCUUCGUCGUAUGGGUUUCGAAAACAUGCUUAUUCAGAGGACUCAUUAUGAGCUUAAGAAAGACCUUGCCCUGCAUAAGAAUCUGGAAUAUAUUUGGCGUCAGAGUUGGGAUGCUAUGGAAACAACUGAUAUUUUUGUUCAUAUGAUGCCUUUUUAUUCAUACGAUAUCCCACACACUUGUGGGCCAGAGCCUGCGAUUUGCUGUCAGUUUGAUUUUGCUCGGAUGCGGGGAUUUAAAUAUGAACUUUGUCCAUGGGGAAAGCACCCAGUGGAGACCACACAAGAAAAUGUACAGGAGAGGGCACUAAAGCUUCUGGAUCAAUACAGGAAAAAAUCCACCCUUUAUCGAACAAAUACCCUUCUUAUACCUCUGGGAGAUGAUUUUCGGUUCAUCAGUAUUGAUGAAGCCGAGGCUCAGUUCCGUAACUACCAGCUUUUGUUUGAUCACAUCAACUCUAAUCCUAGUCUAAAUGCAGAGGCAAAGUUCGGUACUUUGGAGGAUUAUUUCAGAACACUCCGAGAAGAAGCGGACAGAGUAAAUUACUCUCUUCCUGGUGAGGUUGGCUCUGGUCAGGUUGUUGGUUUCCCCUCUCUGUCAGGUGACUUCUUUACAUAUGCAGAUCGACAACAGGACUAUUGGAGUGGUUAUUAUGUUUCAAGGCCUUUCUUCAAAGCUGUUGAUCGUGUGCUCGAGCAUACCCUUCGUGGAGCUGAGAUCAUGAUGUCAUUUCUCCUAGGAUAUUGCCAUAGAGUUCAGUGUGAGAAAUUUCCGACAAGUUUUGCGUAUAAGUUAACUGCUGCAAGAAGGAAUCUAGCUCUUUUCCAGCACCAUGAUGGGGUAACUGGAACUGCCAAGGAUCAUGUGGUACAAGAUUACGGCACCCGGAUGCAUACUUCAUUGCAAGAUCUUCAGAUCUUUAUGUCUAAAGCAAUCGAAGCUCUUCUUAGAGUCCGCCACGAGAAAGAAAAAUCUGAUCAGUCCCCAGCGUUUUUCGAGGCAGAGCAAGUGAGAUCCAAGUAUGAUGCUCGGCCGGUUCACAAACCAAUUGCUGCGCGUGAAGGAAAUUCGCACACAGUUAUACUCUUCAACCCAUCGGAACAGACGAGAGAGGAGGUAGUUACUGUCCUUGUUAACCGCGCUGAAAUCUCGGUUCUAGACUCAAACUGGACUUGUGUCCCUAGCCAAAUUUCUCCCGAAGUGCAGCAUGACAAAACCAAACUAUUCACCGGCAGACAUCGCCUUUCCUGGAAAGCUUCCAUUCCAGCUCUUGGUCUGACAACGUAUUACAUUGCAAACGGGAAUGUCGAAUGCGAGAAAGCUACACAGUCUAAACUCAAAUACGCUUCUGAGUUCGACCCAUUUCCUUGCCCCUCUCCAUAUUCCUGCUCAAAACUGGACAGCGACAUGACUGAGAUCCGAAAUGAACAUCAGACUCUCGUGUUUGAUGUUAAGAAGGGAUUACUCCAGAAGAUAGCCCAUAGAAACGGAACAGAGGCUGUCGUGAGAGAAGAGAUUGGUAUGUAUUCUAGUCCAGAUAGUGGAGCUUACCUGUUCAAACCAAAAGGUCAAGCGCAACCGAUUGUUCAAUCCGGUGGACAUCUAGUCACCUCCGAGGGACUGCUGGUCCAAGAAGUCUUCUCGUACCCUAAAACCACAUGGGAGAAAUCGCCUAUCUCGCACAGCACUCGAGUUUACACUGGAGGUAAUACGCUUCAGGAUCUAGUGGUUGAGAUGGAAUAUCAUGUUGAGCUUCUCGGUGAGGAUUUUGAUGACCAGGAAUUAAUUGUCCGAUACAAGACUGAUGUUGACAACAAGAAGGUCUUCUAUUCAGAUCUCAACGGUUUCCAAAUGAGCAGGAGAGAAACUUAUGAUAAGAUCCCUCUUCAAGGAAACUACUACCCGAUGCCAUCUCUUGCAUUUAUCCAAGGAUCCAACGGUCAGAGAUUCUCUGUGCACUCUCGCCAAUCUCUCGGAGUUGCAAGCCUUAAAGAUGGUUGGUUGGAGAUUAUGCUGGACAGACGGUUGGUCCGCGAUGACGGACGUGGUCUUGGGCAAGGCGUGAUGGAUAACCGAGCAAUGACCGUGGUUUUUCACCUUCUUGCGGAAUCAAACAUUUCUCAAUCGGACUUUGUUUCCAACGCUAACCCGAGGAACCCAUCGCUUCUCUCACACCUCGUAGGUGCGCACUUGAACUAUCCGAUAAACACAUUCAUCGCCAAGAAACCGCAAGACAUAUCCGUGCGUGUUCCGCAAUACGGUUCCUUUGCUCCUUUAGCCAAACCGCUACCGUGUGACCUCCACAUCGUGAAUUUCAAGGUUCCGCGUCCAUCAAAAUACUCUCAGCAAUUAGAAGAAGAGAAUCCGAGGUUCGCUCUUAUCCUCAACAGACGAGCUUGGGACUCAGCUUAUUGCCAUAAAGGAAGAAGAGCAAACUGCACGAGCGUGGCUAAUGAACCAGUGAACUUUUCCGACAUGUUCAAAGAUCUUGCAGCCACAAAGGUAAAACCAACUUCAUUGAAUCUCUUGCAAGAAGACAUGGAGAUUCUCGGGUACGACGAACAAGAGCUGCCUCGAGAUGGUUCAACGCCCCGGGAAGGACGUGUCUCGAUCUCUCCCAUGGAAAUACGAGCUUAUAAGCUUGAACUACGACCUCACAAGUGAAAACACGUCAAGACUGAGCGUUGACUAUUGGCUGGUGCGGCCUCAGGAGGUCGUUGACUAAGAGGUUGGGCUCAGAAUCGGCUUCUUGCUCAAUAAGGCCGUGCGGGAAACGUUAACUGUAAGAAAAGAGAGUAGAAGCUGAAGCCUUUGUGUCCAUGUAAAACUACUGUAUGACCUCAGUUACAUUCUUUCUUUUUUUGAAACAAGAGUGAUUAACUAGUUUUACCAUUUUGCCUGUGGUUAAUAUGUUGUUGUGUAUAUAACUAUGUUAUACACGUUUGAUUGAAUUGGGGUCUAAAAGACAUGGUAA